GCGCGGCGUCGGACUGCAGCGCCUGGUGGGUCUCGCGGCCACUGACUGCGGCUACCGGCGGGCAGGCUGAGCUGCUGCGAUGCUGGUGGCGGCGGCGGCCGAGCGGAACAAGGAGCCCAUCCUACGCGUGCUGCGGCAGUACAUGGACCCGGCCCAGCGCGGCGUCCGCGUGCUGGAGGUGGCCUCAGGCUCCGGCCAGCACACGGCCCACUUCGCGCGGGCCUUCCCCCACGCCGAGUGGCAGCCGUCCGACGUGGACCAGCGCUGCCUGGACAGCAUCUCGGCCACCACUCAGGCUCAGGGGCUGUCCAACGUGAAGGCCCCGCUGUACCUGGACGUGACCUGGGAUUGGGAGCACUGGGGCGGGAUCCUGCCCCAGUCGCUGGAUCUGCUGCUGUGCAUCAACAUGAUCCACAUCAGCCCCCUGAACUGCACCGAGGGGCUCUUCAGGGCAGCGGGACAUCUGCUCAAACCCAAGGCGCUGCUGAUCACCUAUGGGCCUUAUGCCGUCAAUGGGAAGAUCACUCCGCAGAGUAACGUGGAUUUUGAUCUGACUCUUAGAUGCAGGAAUCCUGAGUGGGGGCUGCGGGACACGGCCCUCCUGGAGGACCUGGGCCAAGCCAGCGGCCUGCUCCUUGAAAGGAUGGUGGACAUGCCGGCCAACAACAAGUGCCUGAUAUUUCGGAAAGAAUAACUGCACCUGCUCUCGCCUGUUUGUGUUUCCACCAAGACCCCCCCCUCCCCUGGACCAAACCCAGAGGCCAGCCCCUGUCUCCCAGGGCUGGGCCAUGAGGACUGGCCUUGCCUGGUCUGGGGGCUCUUGGCUGAUGGCCACAGGGCUGCCUAGAACCUGGGAAUAAAGUGUUGUCUGCUGCUCA